UGUGCAAACCUGUCACUAAUAUAUAUGCCUCAAACUUUAUUUUGUGUAUGUUGCAGUUCUUCCUAGUCCAAUAGGAGGGAAACAAAAGAGGGGUAAAGAUCUGUUGAAGCUUUUUGUUUUUCUUCAAAACCCCAAAGCAUGAAACGAUUGAGAGGCAAUGAAAAUGGUUCAUCUAGUGGAGAACCAUAUGGUCGAUUACAAGUCCGUAAAAGUGGUUUGGGCAUGAGAGGAGGUAGUAGCAACAAAUGUGGUAAACCAGAUAUAACAAUGAAUGAUGCGUUUUGUUAUUUGAAGAGAAUUAAGGACAUGUUUUGGAACAAAAGGGAGAAGUAUCACAUGUUUCUUGUUCUUAUGAAUGACUUAAGGGAAAAAAGAAUUGAUAUGGUUGGUUUCAUUGCAAAAAUAGAAGGAUUGUUUAAAGGAUAUCCUACUUUGCUCCUGGGAUUAAAUCCUUUCCUUCCCAAGGGCUAUAAAAUAACUCUCAGUAAUGAAGACAAGAGAAAUUUUGAACGAGCAGUCAGCUUGAUGACCAAGAUAAAGGCAUGUUUAGCCCAAGAGUACAAAUGCUUGCUAGAUGUUCUAGCCACGUGCGAGAAGGAGCGCAAGGAUGCAAAAGAGUUGUAUCGUAAGGCCGCCGUACUUCUCAAAGACCAUCCGGAUCUGCUAGACGAGCUUGCUAAAUUCUUGUCAGUUUCAUCCACCGCCAAACCAUUGUUCAAUUUGGAUGAGGAUAGAAUAUCGAUGAACUGAAAUAUCUAUCUUGCUCUUUAGGUUGUGGACAUUGAGUUCCUAGAAGGCUAAUCGAAGAAGACCUGGACUCUUUUCUCCAAGUGUUGGUAGGUCCUCAUGUUCGGGGAUGUUACCUAUUUAUACAUUCUAACUUUGGAGUUGUAUUGUUAUAAAGACAUUGUUCAUUUCUUUAUCGUUUGGAUAUGAAUUUAAGCCUAUAUUUGCAUGUUGACUUUGUAUUGGUUAUGUCCAAGAUUUAUACUCGUUUAGAUGGUUCAAUAUGGGACGAAGCAUUAGACUAAUUCUUAUGUAUUUAUGUUGUAUAAAUGAGAAGUCUAUGUAUGCUUUA